ACUGCCUUCAUGUAUAUAAGGUGGCUCCCCAGCGAGAUCCCGGCAAAGCCCAAUCAACCAUGAGGAGUAUUAUUCUAGUGUUAGCCCUAGCUUUGGCGGCUGUUUCAGCUGUGCCCUUGAAGGAGGACCACGAUGUUGCCUCUCUGCAGGAACUGGUCAAGGAACUUGGUCUGGACCUGGACCUGGACUUGAACUUCGACCUGGACCUGAGAUUCAACCUGGACGACGAAACACUGCUGGAGGAGGGCAACGUGGCGGUGGGUGAGUACGUCUUCCUGAACCGCUUGCUGAGCUUCUUCGUGGACGAAGCGAAGGCCCUGGCCCGGGACAUCAUCCGGCUGACGGAGCGACAGCUGCUGAAGAUCUUCCUGUACCCGGUGCGCGAGCUGGAGAAGCUGGCUGAGGACAUCGAGCGCAGGGCCCAGGAUGCCGGCGAGUGUGCCGUCAACGUGACCACCAGUGCGGCCGAUGUGGUGGCCCUGACCACCGUGGAGUUCCUGGACUGCGGCUACAAUGCCGCCGCCACCUCCAUCGACCUGGUCCUGGACACCAAGAAGGCGGUCCUCCAGCUGACCGUGGGCAGCUAUCAGCUCUACAAGCUGCAUCGCAAGUGCAACAACUACAAGAGCAGCGCCCUGAAGUCCUCCUGCGAAGUGCGUUUCUAUGCCAAACUCGCCCUGUUCGCCACCAAGGCUCCGGGCUCGUUGGUCCACCUGAUUGGACUCCGGAACAGCGUGCCCGCCGUAGCCAAUGACGCCACCGCCUGCACCAACGAGGCCACCCAGAACGCCAUCCGGAGAUUCGACGCGCUCAACGCCGCCCUCGACGACUGUGCCGCGCAUUUUUAGUGAAGGGUCUGCCUUAAUGAAAAUUAUAUAUCACCCAUUUCAUAAUGCAGCUAAAUGAAAACAUAAUAAUGAAAAGCUUUUUGCCCAAGUAAAAA